UCUUCUCCUUGUCUACUCUCUCUUUCCCUCUAUAAAUACUCUCUACAUCUUCCAUAUUCCAACACUUCUCUGUCUCAAUUUUCCUUUCUUCCUCCUCAUUCAUACCCCCAAACCACUUUCUCUCUAGUGUUUACAACCACAACAAUGGCAGGCGGAGGUUUUGGUCCUGGUCCCGGUAAUGGAAAAGAAUAUCCAGGCAACCUUACUCUCUAUGUGACUGUAACUUGCAUUGUUGCUGCUAUGGGUGGUUUGAUAUUUGGUUACGAUAUCGGUAUUUCAGGUGGAGUGACAUCCAUGGAUUCAUUUCUGAAGAAGUUUUUUCCAUCUGUGUACAAGAAGCAAAAGGCCGAUACAUCCAAGAAUCAGUACUGUAUGUUUGAUAGUCAAACACUGACCAUGUUCACAUCUUCAUUGUACUUGGCUGCACUUAUAUCAUCUAUUGUAGCUUCUUGGGUGACCCGAAAACUAGGAAGAAAGUUGUCAAUGCUCUUUGGUGGUGUACUCUUCUGCACUGGGGCUUUGAUCAACGGCUUUGCUCAAGCUGUCUGGAUGUUAAUUGUUGGGCGUAUUUUGCUUGGUUUUGGUAUUGGGUUUGCCAAUCAGUCCGUGCCACUCUACUUGUCUGAGAUGGCUCCUUACAAGUACAGAGGUUCCCUGAACAUUGGCUUCCAAUUGUCCAUUACAAUUGGUAUCCUUGUAGCAAACAUUUUGAACUAUUUCUUUGCUAAGAUCAAGGGCGGGUGGGGAUGGCGUUUGAGUUUAGGGGGUGCAAUGGUACCUGCCCUUAUCAUCACAGUCGGAUCACUAGUCCUUCCCGAGACACCAAACUCGCUGAUUGAGCGUGGCAAGACAGAAGAGGCGAAAACUAAGCUUAAGAGAAUUCGAGGUGUUGACAGUGUUGAUGAGGAGUUCAAUGAUUUAGUUGCUGCUAGUGAGGAAUCUAAGAAAGUGGAGGACCCUUGGAGAAAUCUUUUGCAAAGGAAGUACAGACCCCAACUUGUAAUGGCCAUUGCUAUUCCAUUCUUCCAGCAACUUACUGGGAUUAAUGUGAUUAUGUUUUAUGCACCGGUUCUAUUCAAAACAAUUGGUUUUGGAAGCGACGCUUCACUCAUGUCUGCUGUGAUCACUGGUGCUGUAAAUGUUGGUGCAACCUUAGUUUCAAUCUAUGGUGUUGAUAAGUGGGGAAGGAGAUUUCUCUUCCUUGAAGGUGGUGUCCAAAUGCUUAUCUGCCAGGUCGUUGUUGCAAUCUGUAUAGCGGCUAAAUUUGGAACAGAUGGGAACCCUGGUGACUUACCAAAGUGGUAUGCUAUUGUGGUGGUGCUAUUCAUCUGCAUCUAUGUUGCUGGAUUUGCAUGGUCAUGGGGUCCUCUUGGAUGGUUGGUACCUAGUGAGAUUUUCCCACUCGAAAUCCGAUCUGCUGCACAAAGUAUCAAUGUUUCAGUCAACAUGAUCUUCACAUUCGCGGUUGCUCAAAUCUUCCUGACAAUGCUUUGCCACUUGAAGUUUGGUUUGUUCCUCUUCUUCGGGUUUUUCGUGAUAGUUAUGACCAUCUUUGUAUACAUCUUCUUGCCUGAAACCAAGGGAAUACCAAUUGAAGAGAUGGUGAUUGUGUGGAAACAACACUGGUUCUGGUCCAGGUUCAUGAGUGAUGAGGAUUAUCCGGCUAAUGGUGCAAUCGAAUUCAGCAAGGGGCCUCUCAAAGAAGUGUAAUCUACCAUGAACUUACAUAUUGCUGCAUACAUACAGAGUUGUCAAAGGAUGAAGGGGGGAUAAUUUACUACCUUCUGUGUUUCUGUUCAUCUCCCAUGUAACUGAUUGAUGAUUGCUAAUAUGUAGCUUUGAAUUGCUGUUUCUUUUGCAUUUUUUAGUACCAGUACAUAAAUUGGUUCCAAUAUCAAGAAUUAUAUAAACUAGUUUUUAUGUAUGAAUUCAUUUGUGCUUGCCCUUUGGUUGUUUCAACUGAAAUUGACACAUUUGUUGUGGGGAGUUUGUAUCAUGAACAGCUUAACAUGCUAAAAAUCAAGAUCCAUAACUUGGUUUUUUGUUGUAA